AUGAAGCGCAGUUCAAUUUCCACUGGUGGUGCCGGUCGCCUCUCUGUGCAAGAGUUAAGAUCCCAGGAUCUGAAUAAACAAGGCCUCUAUACCCCUCAAAACAAAGAGAAAUCAACGUUUGGGAAACUGAGUAUAAACAAACCCACAUCUUCUACAUCUGAAAGAAAAGUCUCUGUGUUUGGCAAAAGAACUAGUGGACCUGGAUCCCGGAACAGUCAGUUUGGCAUAUUUUCCAGUACUGAAAAAAUCAAGGACCCAAGACCGCUUAAUGACAAAGCAUUCAUUCAGCAGUGUAUUCGACAACUCUGUGAGUUUCUUACAGAAAAUGGUUAUGCUUAUAGUAUAUCCAUGAAAUCUCUACAAGCUCCGUCAGUUAAAGACUUCCUAAAGAUCUUCACUUUUCUGUAUGGUUUCCUGUGCCCUUCAUAUGAACUUCCUGAUACAAAGUUUGAAGAAGAAGUUCCAAGAAUCUUUAAGGAUCUUGGGUAUCCUUUUGCAUUGUCCAAAAGCUCCAUGUAUACCGUAGGGGCCCCUCAUACAUGGCCUCACAUUGUGGCUGCCUUGGUUUGGCUAAUAGACUGCAUCAAGUUAUACACUGCCAUGAAAGAAAGCUCACCUACGUUUGAUGAUGGACAGCCUUGGGGAGAAGAAACUGAAGAUGGAAUUGUGCAUAACAAGUUGUUUUUAGACUACACCAUAAAAUGCUAUGAGAGUUUUAUGACUGGUGCUGAUAGCUUUGAAGAGAUGAACACAGAAUUGCAGUCAAAACUGAAGGAUUUAUUUAAUGUAGAUGCUUCCAAGCUGGAAUCAUUAGCAGCAAAAAACAAAGCAUUGAAUGAACAGAUUGCAAGAUUGGAACAAGAGAGAGAAAAAGAACCGAAUCGUCUAGAGUCAUUGAAAAAACUGAAAGCGUCCUUGCAAGCAGAUGUUCAGAAGUAUCAGGCAUACAUGAGCAAUCUGGAGUCGCAUUCAGCCAUUCUUUGCCAGAAACUGAAUGCCCUGGAUGAAGAUAUUGCUAGAGUAGAACUAGAAUGUGAAACAAUAAAACAGGAGAAUACUGCACUACAGAAUAUUGUGGAUAACCAGAAGUACUCAGUUGCAGAUAUUGAAAGAAUAAAUCAUGAAAGAAAUGAAUUGCAGCAAACCAUUAAUAAAUUAACCAAGGACCUACAGGCCGAACAACAGCAGUUGUGGAAUGAGGAACUAAAAUAUGCUAGAGGCAAAGAGACGAUUGAAGCACAAUUAGCAGAAUAUCACAAGUUGGCAAGAAAAUUAAAACUUAUCCCUAAGGGUGCUGAGAAUUCCAAAGGUUAUGACUUUGAAAUUAAGUUUAAUCCUGAGGCUGGUGCCAACUGCCUUGUCAAAUACAAGGCUCAGAUUUAUUUGAAUAUAAUGGUAACAGAAAGCAAGAGAUGUGUAAAAUCUCUGAAAGAAGAAGUUCAAAAGCUGGAUGACCUUUACCAACACAAAGUUAAGGAGGCUGAAGAAGAGGACAAAAAAUGUGCCAGCGAGCUUGAGUCCUUGGAAAAACACAAACAUCUCCUGGAAAGUGGUGUUAAUGAGGGCCUCAGUGAAGCAGUGAAUGAAUUAGAUACUAUUCAACGGGAAUACCAGCUAGUUGUACAGACCACAAGUGAAGAGAGACGAAAAGUGGGAAAUAACUUGCAGCGUCUUUUAGAAAUGGUUGCUACACAUGUAGGGUCUGUUGAGAAACAUCUUGAGGAACAGAUUGCUAAAGUUAAUAGAGAGCAUGAUGAAUACAUAUCUGAAGAUCUCUUAGAAAAUAUUAAAGAGAUUGGAGACAAGUAUAAAAACAAAGCUGCUCUACUUAAGGCUUCUAAUGAAUGA